AUGCACAGCACCAUGACGACCAGGUUGGCACGAGACGAGGAGGAGCACCGCAUCGAUGUCCACAAGCGCACGCGGCUUUGCAAGUUCUUCCUCAUGGGCUCUUGCACUCGUGGCGCUGGGUGCAAUUUUGCACAUGGUGCCAGGCAGCUGCGCACACAGCCAGACUUCUCCAAGACGCGGCUGUGCGCAGAAUUUAUGGAAUCAGGCACUUGCCCUUCGAAGGAUUGCAAGUUCGCGCACGGGCGCCAUGAGCUCCGGCCGGGAGAGCUCAAGCGCAAGCCCAAGGCGGAGAAGACUCAACCUCCUCCAGCGGCCACACCCGUCAAGACCGUCCACUCUUUGCAUGAGCAGGCGGCUCUACGUCUAGUCCUCGAAUCCGCCUGCUUUCCCCGGAAGACGGAGGGCUACAGCUUCAGCCGGCAGACCACGUGGGAGGGCAUCGAGACCGAGUUCAACCGCGCCAUCUCGGCCUCCAGUGGGUCGCAGGAGGACCCCGAGCCCGAAGGCGAGCUGACGGACUGGCACGUGGAGAUCAAGAAUACCUUCAUCGAGGUCAAGGAGAAGGAGGUGCCUCUGCGCAGGACCCAAUCCCUCCCAAAGUUUUGA